AUGGGCGCGUGGUGGACACUCCUCGGGCACCCUCUUUGGGCCGCGUGCACGCUUGUGCUCGUGCUCGUGGUGCGCGCACAGAAGAGGACUCGCUGGGACCCACGCGCGUGCCCGGUCAAGUUGCACGGGAAAACGGCGAUCGUGACCGGUGCCAACACAGGUAUUGGAUACUGUGUGGCGCUGGACUUAGCUCGCCGUGGGGCCAGGGUUAUCCUCGCCUGCCGGUGUCCGAUCAAAGGCACCGCGGCUCGAGACCAGAUCCGGUCUUUGAGUGGGAAUCCUCAGGUGGAUCUACGAAUCCUGAACCUUAGCUCCAUGGCCUCAGUCCGAGACUUUGUCCAGAAGAUCAAAGAGGAAGAGAAAGAGCUCCACCUGCUGGUGAACAAUGCAGGGGUCUCAGGUUUGCCAAAACAGUUCACAGCUGACGGCUUUGACACAACGUUUGCCACAAAUCACCUGGGACCAUUUCUCCUAACGCACCUCCUGCUGAAUCUCCUCAAGGCCUCGUCUCCGUCUCGAAUUGUCAUUGUGUCCUCGUCCAAUCACAGCAAAGGAAAAGUGGACUUCAGGCACUUCACGGGCGAGCAGCUGGUCCACAGAUCUGACCUGGUCUACAACCAUACCAAGCUGCACAACAUCCUAUGGAGCAACGAGCUGUCGGUCAGACUGCAGGGCUCAGGAGUAACUGUGAACUGUCUUCAUCCUGGGAUCGUCGUCACUGACGUCCUGAGACAUUAUCCACUCCGUCUCAGAGUCAUCUUCAACCUCCUCGGAUUCUUCUUCUUCAAGACGCCAGAAGAAGGUGCUGUCUCCACGCUGUACUGCGCCUUUUCCGAGGAAAUGGAUGGAGUCAGUGGGAAGUACAUCAACAGUGACUGCAACCUGGUUCUGCCUUCAGCCACGGCUCGGGACGCUCAGACUGGAAAGGAGGGCUAUGAGGUCUGCCUCAGGCUGACCUCUAAUCUGUGA